GUCCCAGGUAGCAGCUGUCUGGUCCUCACCCCAGCUGCCCGGGCCAUGGAGGGGCUCCAGUGCUCCUGGCGGCACUGUCUCUCUGGGCUGCUUGUGCAGCUGCUCUUGGCCAUCUGCUUCUUCUCAUACCUGCGAGUGUCCUGGGACCGUCCUACGGGGUACCAUAGACCGGAGCCCAGCAGCUCAGAUGCAAUCGCAAGAACCCUGAAUGGAUCCCCAGGACUGGCAUCCAUCCCACAGCCCCUUGUGCCCCAGAACCUGCUCAUCCUGCUGUGGACGUGGCCUUUCAACAAGCCCGUGUCUCUGUCCCGCUGCUCGGACCUGUGGCCCGGCACAGCCGACUGCCAGAUAACCACAAACCACAAAGUGUACCAGAGCGCAGAUGCUGUCCUCGUGCAUCACCGGGAGGUCAGCUACAGGCCUAAGGCACAGCUCCCGCCAUCGCCGCGGCCACCCGGCCAGCGCUGGGUGUGGUUCAGCAUGGAGUCCCCCAGUCACUGCAGGCAGUUGAAGGCCCUAGAUGGCUUGUUCAACCUCACCAUGUCCUACUGCAGCGACUCGGACAUCUUCACGCCUUAUGGCUGGCUGGUGCCCAGGGGAGACCAGCCCGCUGCCCCCCCACUCAACCUCUCAGCCAAGACAGGGCUGGUGGCCUGGGUCGUGUCCAACUGGAAGGAGGGAUCGGCCAGGGUGAGGUACUACAACCAGCUACGGCUGCAUCUCCCAGUGGACGUGUACGGCAAGGGCCACCGGCCACUGCCAGGUCAAGUCAUGCAGCAGCACCUGGCCCGGUAUAAGUUCUACCUGGCCUUCGAGAACUCACAGCACCCGGACUACAUCACGGAAAAGCUGUGGAAGAACGCGCUGCAGGUGCCUGCAGUUCCC